AUGUUACUGCUUGAAGACUUCUUUGAUUCUGCAUUGGUGAUUUGCAAAUGCAGUAAUGAAGGGAAGAAAGAGCUAGUGGAUUUAUUUUUGCCUGAACUAGGGCGCCUAGUGACAGAAACAAAUCUUGGCUGUGCUCUGCAUCUGGAGGCCUUGAGGACCCUCAACUCUAUACUUGACAGUCUCCCACGGGAGGAGAGAAAGAAGUUCCCUCUCUCGGAGGAGAUAUGCUUGCUCACGAAAGACCUUGCAAAAACUAUACUGGAAGUUGGUGAUUAUGACCUUCAGGUUGCCCUUUCAGAAGCACUUUGUAGGUUAAUGAUAAAAAAAUGGAGAGAUGACCUUGUUCACCAGUGGUUUGAAGAUAGUUAUCUUGCUGAAGCUUUCAAAGACAUCAAGGAUCGAGAAUUUGAGACGGACUGCAGAAAAUUUCUUAACCUACUAAAUGCACGGCUUGGAGAUAAAAGAAGAGUCUUCUCAUUUCCUUGCAUAUCUGCUUUUGCUGACAUGAAUGAGGUGAAGAAGCCAUCAGAUGAGAAACUGGAGAAGUUUUGGAUUGAUUUCAAUGCUGGCAGCCAGAGUGUGACUUUCUAUGUGGAUUGUGAUGAGGCAGCUCUUUGGGACUCUGUGAGGCUGUCAAAAGAAAAUAUCAACAGUUACAGUCUGAAGGAGAAGGAUAGAAAAAAGAUCAUUAAAAUUUUGUUGAUGGUACCUGUUGUUCUUAACAAAACAGAAGUAACAAAAGUCAAACUGAUCUUCAGUGCUGAGUUUGAAAUAUUAAGUGUACUUAGAAAAGUCCUGGGAGAUGAAAAACUGAUGAUAGUUGAGUCUGAAGAUGAGACUGUUCACACUGGGAAGGAAGCCAUGCAGAAUGAAGAAGAAACACCUGUGCCCUCUAAUGCACAGAGGAAGAAAGAUCCUUCAAACUCUGAAAAUAUGGAGACUCAAAAAGACAACUUAACCUCUCAGCACAGACAGCAGUUAACAGGCACUAAUAUGGUCGACCCUGGUGUUGCCAUGGUCACAGUGAGCCAGCAGACUGACCUGGAGGAUGCUAACCAAGAAAAAAAUGCCAAAACUCCAUCUCCAGCAAUGAAAGCUAAGCCCAGUGAGAAGCCUCUAGAGGAAGAACCUAUGGACGACUCUCUGUCAAAGAUCCUGCAACACUCUUCUUUUCCAAAGGAUGCUACCGGCGGAAAGAGAAACAGGAAAACAAGUUUGGCCAGGAAGAGGGCUGGAGGCAGAGAGAAGCUCUAUGACUUUGAAAACUCAGACUCCCCAAGUCAUGAAAAGGUUGCUGAAGCCAAACGAAAAAUUCUUGCCCAGAAAACUUCUUCACGAAGUCAGAGGACUUAUGAAACAAGAAGCAAGAGCAAGGAAUCAAACAAUCUUGAGAGAAGGCAGUCCAGUUACAGGAAACAUCUUUUCUCUGAAAGCAACAAUGAGAAUACAAGCCCUGCUGAGAGUGAGAAAAGCUGGAUCCUUGACUCUCAGAUACAGUCGGUGCCAAAAUCUGUUGAUUAUACCCGAAAAAGACACACGGUGAGAAGUAAAUUAAAAGUGCUUCCAGUAUCUUCUGCAAGUAGUGGCAGUGACUACGAGUCAAAAAAGGAGGGAGAAUCAAGGCAAAGAGCUCAAAAGGAGAUGCCAAGGAAAAAAAGCACAUUUAGCUCCAAGGGAGAUGAUUUACCCACUGUGGAUCUUGCUGAUGAAACACUCUCAGAGGACCUUGGAGGGAGUCCAAUGCUACUUGAAGUGUCUGCCAGGAGCCCUUCCAGCAGCGUGGAGAAACCCACACAGAAGUUUCCUGGUACACCAGGCAAAUCAUCGAGAGAGGAAGAAAGUGCUAAGAGGAAGGACUCAGAUAUAUUGAAUAGCACUAUCAAAAAAAAGCCUAAGUUUUCUAGCUUGGAGAAAAUUCACUUGCCCUCUGAGAUUAACCAUGCAUCGAAGAAAAUUUCUGAUUCAGUAGAAGAGGAAGUAGAGAUCCAGAAAGGUCAGGAAAUGGAUGCUAGCACAGAUGAUGUGUUCUUUUCCAAGAUGCUUCAUGAAGACUUGAGUGAUUCAGGAGUGAUUUUUGCCUUUGAAGGCUUUAUUGGCCAACUGAAGAAAUUGUUCUGGUCCCGGUACAAAAGGAUUGAGAGCAACACACAGGAUGCCCUGAGAUCUUCAGAGAAGAACUUGUCUGCCCUGCUGAACCAGAUACACCAGUGCAGGCUGAAUAAAUUUGAGACCUUCCAGAAGAUUGUUGUUGAAGAGCUUGCCAACCUUGAGAAGGAAACUCAAAUUCUGGCAGCCAUGGAGAAGGAUGCACUGGAUUUCUGGAAUGUGCAGCUACUCAAACUGAAUACUUUCUGCAAUGAGCAAAAGCAAAGAGUGGAAUCAGUUGACUCAGCCCUGGGUGAAACGGCCAAGAGUUUUGCUGAUGCUGUCCUGAACACAACGUAUGAGCACCCAGUGAAGAAGGCAGAAGAAAACAACGUGUUGAUUGUUCCUUCUGACUAGAAAACCCCUGAAUUCAUUACUGCUCAUGACAUUUGAGCACUUUGUGUGCAGCAUAGAGAAGGUGGUUCUGUGAAGAAUGUUAGUCUAUUUUAAAUGAAAAGAAAAAAGAGGAGGAAAAAGCAUUAUGUUGAACUGGUUUUUUGCCUAAAAAGAAUAUCUAGUGCUAAGUGGUCCUGUUGUGACCCCUGUGUGGAAAACAAGUUUCUCUGAAAAAGUUGCAAGAUCAGAUCAAUUAUAUAUAAAAGAAAUUUAAAAAUGAACUUAAGAUAAUGAUAUAGCCAUCAAAUCAAUGGAAAUAUUG